AUGGUAAGCUCUCUGAAACCAGGUCCGUCGCUUUACCUCCAGGAGUACAGUAUCGUGAACGCCUCCAAUAAUGGGAAGCAACGCGUUCACAGCGCUGACGCUGUAAACGUAAAAGUCGACGUAGUGACAAGCGAAUCAACGCAGGAAGACGCGAUGAAGACGAAAGGCACACGACAACAAAUUCGCCCUGAUGCUGAAGGGGAACGGGAAACCGUCAUCUACGUAGAACCAAUCGUUGAUGGAGCUGCUCCCACAGCACUGGGAUUCAAACGACUCGAGGAAACCGUAAACGAACUUCAGCAACGUUUUCAAGCACUGGAGGAAUUACCGACGAAUCCGGAGCUCAUGGAACGCCUUAAGGGCAAAAUCACUGAUCCUUUAACGGACGUCUGGCAGAUCAUCAAUAUCACAAAAAGAUUGGACGCUAGUGAGCAAGGUAUUGAUAAGUUGACAACGAUGGUACAAGAUGUACUCAAGGGCGAUCAUGCGAUAGAGAUGGAGGAACCAUCGUAUCUCGUGGAGAGACUAGCAAAUUUAGAAAAUAGCCUUAAUACUUUGGACCAGACCGUGAAGAAUUUGCAAAUAAUCGCUAAUGUGAGCGACGAAGAGGGAGAAGAAGCUGUCGUUGGCGGAACAACCACGGAAAAGCAGGAAACACAGCUGCCAGCGCAACGAAUAUCCUUGGGACAGCUCCUUGGAGGAAUUGACGUGAAAGAAAUGCAUCAAGAAGUCCAAGCGUUGCGGCAGGAUGUUUCGAAAAUGCGAGGCGACUUGAAGAAUCUCAAGGACAAAGUGGCUAAAGCACCAGCUGAGAAGCACACGGAAGAGAAGAAACAAGAGAAGCAUACGGAAGAAAAGAAAGAAAUGUCGGAAGCAGCGGCUAAGGAAGUCGCGCAUACCGAAGAAACAACAAAAGCUAAAGUACCAGUGGCGUCUACAAAGCCAAUAGAAGAACAGACAAACGUUAUUCAAUUCGAUGACGCGAUAGAUUCCGAGGUGCUGAAGAACAUGAACGAACGCAUCUCGAAGCUAGAGAAGGAUUUGAUAUGCUUGCGCGAAAAAGUAGACAGUGCGCCAAUGGCGGGUGUCACUGGUAGUGCUGAGCUCGACGAAUUGGUCGCAACGAUUCACGGGGUCCAGACUGACAUGGAAAAACUGAACCAAACUGCGGAUCGAUUGAUCGAUGAUCGAGAAAACCGUGAAGUGCAUCUCAACGCAUUGUUAGAACAAGUGGAGCUUCUGAAGACCAUAAAAGCAGACAGAGAAGAUCUCGAAGACGCGCUUGCUGAUAAAGCAGACGCUCAGGCGAUAAAUCGAAAGGUUUCGUACGACCAGUUUGACGCGGCUUGCGACGAUCUUGCUCAAGGUUUGGAAGACGCCAUUGGCAAGUUGGGAAAGCAGGAAUCGAUUUGGCAGCAAACGCUGGACGAAGUGCAGAAGGAGAUCGAGGGAAAAGUCGAUAAGAUAGAAAUGACACCGUUGAAAGACUUCGUCAGCAACCGAUUGAAGUCUCUACAGGAUAAGCUGAAGAGCGUGGCGGAAAUGAGACAGGAGUCCGAAGCUGCUGGAACUAAGAAGAUGCUCAGAGAUGUUCAGUGUAUAUCAUGUGACAAGAACGUCGUCAUGAGAAUGGAAGAUACCAAUAAAUUCAAAUUGGAACCAUUACCUUGUACCGUGAGCAUGAAACCGUACCUGACCUACGAAUUGGAUCAAGUUAGGAAGCAACACAAGAAAUUGCCUCACAGCAGAAAUAUGAUUCAAUUCGAAGCAGCCUUGCAGGAGGAGGCGAAGAAGCAAAAGAGCGCGAGAACUGAGACACUUGUAAAGACUCCGCGAGACCAUUUGUGCAAUCGAUACUGCGGCGGAAGUCACACGGUGACGACUCCUCAUCAAAGAGUUGCCCGAGUCGGCCAUUUUAUCACGCAAUGGGGACCGGAAAUAGUGCAGCUGACCGAAGGAGUGGUGAAGGGAACGGAUGGAAAGAUGUACAGAAGUCGACCAAUGCCGGGCAAAUUCGAUGUCUGCGGGCCUGCGUAUUGCGAAGACCAUGGCGAAGAAGCCAAACCCUCGGAACGACAACCACCGGCUUCCCCACAACCACGCAAGAGUGUCGAGAGACAACCCUCAAUUAGUUCAAGAAAAAGAAGCUCAAAGAAACUGUUGAAAGAGAUAAAUAAAGAACAACAGGCAGUAGUGGAAGCACACAUAGAAACGCCUGCUGCAGAAGAAACAGAGGCACCCGAUCCGUUACCACACGAUCGAAGCUUUCACAUGGAUCAAAUCAUUCAUUACGAGGAAGAAGAGGAAAUGGGCGGUUAA